AUGUCCUCAGUUGUGAACUACACUAGCGUAAGGGACAUGUGGAGUUCACUUAUCGGGAAUGAUGUUGUCAAAAAUAGCAUGAGUGUAAAUGCUUUUGAGUCAAUGAGGUCCAUUUUGCAUUUCAAUGACAACACAAACAUGAAGCCCCUUGAUGACCCCGAUCGAGACCGACUUUUCAAAAUAAGACCCAUAGUUGAACAUCUAAAUGAGAAGUUCUCUUCAGUCCCAAUGAGACCUUCUUUGUCUGUGGAUGAGCAGAUAUGUGCCACAAAAACGCACCACUACAUGAGGCAGUACAAUCCUCGCAAACCACAUAAGUGGGGAUAUAAGCUGUAUGUUCUUUGCGAUGACAAAGGUUUCUCCCACCAAUUUGAGAUUUAUUCAGGCCAAACUCAGUCUAGACUUGCCAGUGAGCCAGAUUUGGGAGAGACGGGAAAUAUAGUGGUGAGGCUCUGCAGAAAGGUUCCCAGAAAUGUGAAUUACACAAUAUAUUGUGAUAAUUUUUAUUCUAGCCUUCUCCUGUUUUCUUACUUGAGAACUCAAGGUAUUUUUGCUUUGGGAACUUUUAGGAGGGAUAGGAUCCCCAAUAUUCCAUUUACUGAUAAAAAAGAAGGAAGAAAAGAGUCAAGAGGAACUUCAGUGGAGUUCACUACUAAUGUCAACGACACCAAAUUGUCCAUGGUUUCAUGGAGGGACAAUGAUUCAGUGAUGUUAGGAUCAACUCUGUGUGGUGUAGUCCCAAUGGAAAGUAUCAAGCGAUACGAUCGAAAAGCCAAAAAGUACAUUGAUGUUCCAUGCCCACAAAUUGUCAAGGUAUACAAUAAGCACAUGGGAGGAGUGGACCUCAUGGACUCUCACAUAGGACGACACCAUAUUCGACUUAGGAGUAGAAAGUGGUAUUUCCGAAUGUUCUACCAUAUGGUGGAUAUGGCUGUAGUAAAUGCAUGGAUAUUGCAUUCGACUCUUUCCGAGACUAAGGGAAUGACUCAAAAAGAGUUCAGAACUGAUUUGGGGGUGACACUCUGUAAAAUAGGAUCUGUGAACACCCCUAAGCGAGGAAGACCUUCCAAUGAUUCACCAUCUUGUUUGAAGAAAAGAACGCUUACUGCUAUUUCCCGACCUCCAAAGGAUGUAAUAAGAGACAAAACUAACCACUGGCCUAUUUGGGAUGAGAAGAAAAAUAGAUGUAAGGCAGAGGGAUGCAAAGGAUUCACCUUUAUGAUGUCCCAUGUGGUUCUAAGCAAAAAAAGGAAGAAGAAGAAGAAGAAGAAGAAGGAUGGAAAAGAUGUUGGGGCAGAUGGAUCAGAAAUGAGACAGGAAACACUCGUAGCAACAGAAGAAAACCCACCCGAGAAGAGAAGAGAAGAAAGAGAAACUACGGAGAGAUCCAGCUAA